AUGUCAACUUUACUAUUUAAAAAUGAUUCUGCUGUGAUAAAAUAUAUUAAAACGGCAACAAGCCAUAAAAACUAUGGACCUACUCCAGAACAUUACAAAAAUAUUUGUAGACUUACUCAUCAAUAUGAAUGUGGAUUAGUUUGUGACACUCUCUUACACCGAUUAGGUGAUGAUGGCAAGUAUUGGAGACAUAUUUAUAAGUCAUUAUUAUUAAUUUAUUACAUAAUAAUUAAUGGAACACCAGAGGCUGUUGAAAGAUUCAAAAGAAGGCAAAUUGAAAUUAAAACACUCCAUUCAUUCCAAAAAAUAAAAGAAUCAACUGGACAAGACGUUGGAAUUAAUGUUAGAGAACGUUCAAAAGCUAUUACUGAUUUACUUAGUGAUGAUGAGGCGCUUGAGGCUAAAAGGAAUAUGUCCGAAAAAGAAAAGCAAAACAUAUUUGGAGAAGCAUAUUCAUCUGAUUACAAAACGUCUAUGACAGAGACCCAUGAAACUAGAAAGAAAGUUGAACUAAAAUCAAUUGUUCUUAAAGAAGAUUUAUCUGGUGAAUCAGAAAGUUCUUCAGAAACAUUAGAUAAACCAGAAGUAUCUCCUCGUUAUCAACAAACACAUGAAAAUGUAUUUGAUAUGUUAGAACAACCUCGUAAUUACAAUACAACUACUAACCCUGAGCAAAAUUUAACUAGUAGUAACCAAAGUUAUUCUAUGAAUAUUCAACAAAAGAGUAAUAUUACUUCUGAACAAAUAAAAACUGAACCAAUUUUAACUUCACAAACUAGUACUAAUCAAAAUUUAAAUGUUUUUGAUUUAUUAGGAGGUUGUAGUACUACUAAUCAACAACCUCAAAAUAUUCAACCUUAUCAACAACCUCAAAAUAUUCAACCUUAUCAACAACAACCAGUUGAUCCUUUUGUUUCAUUUGAUAGUUCUAAUGUUGCUACCCCAAUUAUCUUACCAACUCAACAACAACAACCUAAAUCUAACAAUGAAUUUGUUUUUAAUGAUUCAUCAUUAAACGAAAAGAAGAGUUGGAAGACGGGCAUUGAUAUUAACUCUCUUACAUUGGACUCUCUUCAAGUCAAGUCAAAAGAACAAAAACAAACCCAGCCUCAAGUUAGAAAAACAUUAGGACAACUCUAA